CGUUAGGAGAAGCAGAAGGGAGGAGGAAAGUAGGGAAAGGAAGGAGGAGGAGGAGGAGAAAGAUCCGGAGAAAAAAAUUUGAAAGGCAAAGAGAGACGUUUCAGUGGCCGGCUCGGUAGAAAAGGAAUAAGCGGAGGUUGAAAAGGGAGGCAGAAACGGCACAAAGUCUGUGUGUGUGGGGAUUUUAUUUCCUGCUGCCGGGGAGCCGCUGGGCACGCUGUGCGCGUCGUCGGGCGGAUUAGAUGAGUCUGACUUCACGAUGAGGAGCGACCCUGUACUGUUCACUUCCAGCAGGGCGAUGGAGGAGCUGGUGUGUGAGCUUCGUCUGUUCCUGGACCUGCUGGACAGGGAAUAUCUGAGCGCCGGGGUCCGAGAGAAGAAGAUGCACCUGUCCAACAUCCUCCACAGAGUCCUCUCAGAUAAAGAACCUUCAUUCAAGUCAGAGAUCCACAGCGGUCUGCCGGCUCCGCCUCAGAUGCCCCUCCCUGAGAUCCCUCACCCCUGGCUGCCUCCAAACAGCGGCCCUCCUCCUCUUCCCAGCUCCUCUCUACCAGAAGGGUACUAUGAGGAAGCCGUUCCUUUAACUCCUGGAAAGGCUCCUGAAUACAUCACAUCCAACUAUGACUCGGAUGCCAUGAGUAGCUCCUAUGAGUCGUAUGAUGAAGAAGAGGAGGAUGGUAAAGGUCAGAAGAUGCGUCACCAGUGGCCCUCUGAGGAGGCGUCUAUGGAUCUGGUGAAAGACGCCCGGAUCUGUGCAUUCCUGCUGCGCAAGAAACGCUUCGGCCAGUGGACCAAACUUCUCUGUGUCAUCAAGGAUAACAAACUGCUGUGUUACAAAACUUCCAAAGACCACACCCCCCAAAUGGAGCUGACCCUGUCUGGGUGCAGCAUCACUCACAUUCCCAAAGACGGCAAGAAGAAGAAGCAUGAACUGAAGAUUGUGCACCAGGGGGCGGACGCCCUGGUGCUGGCAGUGCAGAGCAAAGAACAGGCCGAGGAGUGGCUCAAGGUGAUGAGAGAGGUGUGUGUUAAUGGGAGUGUAGACUUGGAUGGAGCUGGAUCUGGAUCACCAGUGCACAAGCCCGAACUGGAAAAGAAGUCAUCGUGUGACAGGCCAAGCUCAGAUGGUGAGGCCACCCAUGAAAAUGGACACAGCGACUGCAAGGACCAAGGAAAAGGAAAGAAGAAUUCAAAGUCAGAGCAGAAGUCUGGGACAGUGGGGAAGGGCGCAGGGAAGAAGAUCACUAAAAUCAUCGGGCUGGGAAAGAAGAAGCCGUCUACAGAUGAGCAGACCUCGUCAGCUGAGGAAGACGUACCCACAUGUGGCUACCUGAAUGUGCUGUCCAAUAACCGCUGGCGGGAGCGCUGGUGCCGUCUCAAAGACAACCAGCUGCUCCUCCAUAAGGAUCGUGAUGACCUGAAGAGCCACAUCGCCUCGCUGCCCCUGCGAGGCUGCGAGGUCAGCCCUGGCCUCGACCACAAACACCCCUUCGCCUUCCGCCUGCUUCGCAACAGCCAGGAGGUGGCUGUACUGGAGGCCUCCUCCUCUGAGGCGAUGGGUCGCUGGUUGGGGGUUUUGUUGGCUGAGACCGGCUCCACCACUGAUCCAGCCACCUUGCACUAUGACUACAUUGACGUCGAGACCACCGCCAACGUCAUCCAGCUGGCCAAGCAGUCCUUCUGUUUCACUAGUAAGCGUGCUGUCUCUCCUAAUCCAUACCUGGACAACCCAGUCAACGGCUACGCCUGCCCCACAGGGAUGGCUCUGCACUAUGAUGAUGUGCCUAUUAAUGGAACGGACCCGGAGGCGCUGUACUCCUCUCCCAGCACAGGGGGGCGCCAGCUGAAAGAGGAUAUGCACUAUGAGAAUGAUGACCUCUAUGAGAACAUGCCCUCGCCCAAGCUGGCCACUCGCUAUCCUCCCAAGCCUUCCUCUUCUUCCACUUCCUCUUCCUCCACCUCAACAAGUCACUACAAAACCCCUGUUUCUAAAAUCUCUUCUAAGUUCCUCAAAGCUGAUACUAAAACUAAAGACACUGCUCAGCUGAAGAAUGGAAAGAAGGGAACUGCGACCAAUGGGGUGGCAUCAAAACAGAAGGCAGAGCCAAAGAAUCAGCACAAGAAGAAUGGAGUUAAUGGGACGAAUGGGACGAAUGGGACAGCAUCUCUGAAACGGAACAACUCCAAUGCGGAGCAGUGUAAGUACGGGAAGAAUCGAGUGGAGGCUGACGCCAAGCGGCUGCAGGCCAAAGAGGAAGAACUGAUGAAGAAGAAGCAGGAGAUCAGGAACCAUCUGACCCAUCUCAAGAAGGAGAGGAGAGACCUGCGCACUGCUGUGGAGGCUGCUGCUGGCAAACGUUCACAUGCCUCCCUGUCGGAGCGACUGAAGAAGGUGGAGGAUGAGUGCAGGCAAAGGGAGGAGGAAAGGGUGAACCUGGAGCUGGAGCUGACGGAGGUGAAGGAGAGUCUGAAGAAGGCCCUGAGUGGAGGCGUCACCCUUGGCCUCACUAUCGAACCGAAAGCUGGCUCCUCUGACCUCCAGUCACCGGCGAUGUUGCGACGGACCCAGGAGUCUUCUCCCUUCUCCAGCUGUGACACCAGUGACACUGAGUCCUGCUCCCUGCCGGUCAACAGUGCCUCACUGCUCCGCCGGCAGCAGGGCAGCCAGAAGGCCUCACCAGUCCGGGGACACGUCCUCAGGAAGGCCAAGGAAUGGGAGCAGAAGAACGGCACAUAAACCUCUCAACCCCUCACAUCAGUCUCAUGUUAUUUCCUUUUUCUUUUUCUUUUUAAGAAAUUGUGUAUAUAUUUAUUUAAAACUGUUCAUACAGUCUGAGAGCGUGUUGAGGACACAAGCAUAGCAUUCACAUGAACCAGAACAAGUUGCCUGUUUUAGUAAACUGUAAGUGCCACAACAUACAGACAUAACAACCUUUUGAAACUUUUAUACUAUCGAGCAUGCUUAGUGCACAAAGUUGUGCAACUUGUGUUGUCUGCUCUACUUUCUUCUUCAAGCAACCACCAGUCUCUUUGUUUCCUUUUCACUCAAAAUCUGAUUCAGUUUGGGUUCAAAAAGGUCAAAACCAAGUAUUUAUUUGUAAAUGUUUAAAGGAAAUACUAGCUUCCCUUUGUUUAUUUAUGUUGAUAUAUUUAAAGUGUUUUUGUAGAAUUUGUUUGGCUCCACACGAUCAUAUUUUCUACAUCAUGACUGGUUCUCAUUCAUGUGUGUCAGCAUCAGCAGACAAAGUGCAUCUUUAAGGGUCACAGUAAUCACACACCAGCUGAACAACAAUGCAGCUCCUCUCAAAGAGCUAUUUAUUUCAAGAAGCAGGAUUAUUCUCAGCAUCAUCAUGAAUUCAUAUUUUAUGUCUGUGAUGUGGGAGGAAUUUGAAGGUAUAUUGGUGGGUAAUGGUGAAUCCCCUGUUUUAUUUCCUGUUUCCUUGCUGAAUGAAUACAAUCCUGUAUUUGUAUUGUGGAGAACCUCCGGACACUGACCUCUGGUAGCUGUUUCAGGACAGCAGCUGCCAGUUGGUAGGCCCCUUCAUCCUGGUUUACUGUCCACUGGCUCUGAAACCAGAGCCCCUCAUCUUCAUCAGGGCCUUUUUUAGUUGUGUCCAUUACCUGAACUGCCAGUUUUUAAUAUGGAAAACCAUAUUUUCUCACUUGUCUCUAGUGUUGUGUAGCCAUGCAGAUACUUUUGGUUGUAUUUGUCCAGGUAUUGAGAUUUACUUCUCUGAGAUUUCUGCACCAACAUAACGAGAUUGAAUAGAAUAUUGUUUAUGGCACUAACAGCAAUGAAUAAAUCAAAAAUCAAAAAACAACGCAUCUUUCAAGAGACCUGUUUUCUUAAGUAAUAUUUUUGCAGUAGAAAGUUGUUUCAAACAAAAGUACCUGCAUGGCUACCAUCUGCACCUGCUUACUGAGAAAAAAAUGAGUCUGAUUCCAGGCUAAAGAUGUGCUGCCCACAUGUCUGUUUUUUUAGCCAUUCAAAUUGGUCCAAUGCUGUGCUCACUGAUGAUGUCACUGAUUUCCCCUAGUUGGAGAAAUUGACCAAUACAUAGCUAGCUAGCUACCUAGCUACAUCCAUGAAAAAGCAAGAGAAAAAUGGCAACAAGCAUUAUUAAGUUCAAUGCAGCUGUACAGGUUGUAGUCUAAAGUGGAAUUAAGUGUAAAUGAAAGGUUAAAUCAAUCUGGUUAUCACAAAAUAUCAGUAGGCGCAUAUUUGGCAGGCUACAACAACAAAUUCAAAGUUAGAACAAAGCAUUUUACUAAAAUCUACUCAUUAAAUACAAAUGGUGACCUCCCCAUUACCAUUCAUACUCACCAGUAUUCAAAGUCACUCAAUGCAGCUUUAACUGUGCUGAGUUACCUUAUCUUGCUAAUGGAGUAAUUGUGCUUCUUUAAAUAGUCCCUUAGUGUGAUGAUGGAUGGUUGUCAUUAGGUUGCAGCACUUGGAAAGCCAGGCAGGUCGGGCUCAGGCAGGGCCGCCCUUAGAUUUGGCGCUCAUCGUUGGAAAACUCAGAAACCUCAAACGAUGUGGCUGAUGUUAGUCCCUCAUCCAAGAGCCUCGGUCCAGCUCUUCUAAUCACGCCACUGGUCUACUGUAACCCUGUGAUCUGACUGUGUGUGUGUGUGUGUGCGCGCGCGUGUGUGUGUGUGUGCAUGUGUUUGCAUGUGUGUGUGUGUGCAUGUGUGUGUGUUUGCGCACUCUCAAACGUCUCAAAGGCACAUUCCAAACCCAUCGACAAUACACUGACUGAAAUAGAGGCACUUGCUGUAAACUCACAUUACUGUGUUCUGCUAAAUCAGAGACUGUGACUUUGAUUUUCAGCUACACACACACACACACACACACACACACACACACACACACACAUCAAUGUUAUAUUUUUAUGGUGCUUUUUUGAUAUGGGCUUUAUACUCCACUACCUACGCUUUGCUGCCAUGUUGAUAGUGUUAAGUCUACAAGAUGCUGUCGGGACUGUUAACAGAAGUAGUGUUAGCAAACACUACUGCUAGAGUUUGGUAAUCAAGGCUUACAGCACAUGGGCGCCAACUGCUCCUCAAACUUGUAAAUAUUUUCUGUCCCCUUCUUGUUUUCAGAUUGAUACCCCACAUGUCUGCAAGCUAGAGUGUAGUCAGCAUGUUAGCAUGAAGACAAAGAGUAGAGGAUUUAUAUCUGCAAGUAUUUAGUUCAUGUUGUUUCCCUGUCAGCUUGGCAUGGUUUAUAACUGGGCAAGAUGUCUGAUGUCAGUAAAUGUGAACCUGCUGUACAUAGCUUGGCUUUGUAGGUGGGGGUGGGGGGUUGUGGGGGGAAUACAGACUCAUGCAUCAGUGUUUGUUUUUGCACCUUAUUCAUUUUCUACUCUGUUUUAUAUCUCAGACAGUCUCCGCCUUGGUGACAGACAUGCUUGUACAUAAAUUAAUAAACCUGACAAACAGCU